CAUAGUAAUGUUGCGGUUUCUAGUAAAGCUUUGGUCUGAACGUUUCUUUCUCCUAGGAGUUCCAAUUUCAAUUAAAUGGGACAGUUUCGUAUCUUGCUUAACCUUAAGUUUUUUAUUUCUGCCAUGCUUACAGGAGACUUCGAAACCAUCAAGGUUGGGAUCAGGGUCAUCGUAUCGUAUUUCUUUCUGCCGCUGCCGUGAUGUUGCACCCCAUUUUCGUUUUCUACUGCCUUUGUCUUGAUCACCAACAAUAUGCUCUUCAUCCAUAAUAGUGGUCCGACCGAUCUAACCCAC